AUGAACGUGUACUCAAAGUUUUCCUCGUUGAUGCACAGUCACACAUCCAUGUUACAUGUCCUUCCAUCACCAUUCAACCCCAAACACAAUUUAUGUUCCUUUACAUUUACAAGUUUCUUAUCAACCAACCCAGAAAACCCAAUAUCAUACAUUCUCACUAAAUGCAUUGCUCUCUUGCAAUUUUGUGCCUCUUCCAAAUACAAACUAAGGCAAAUCCAUGCAUUUUCCAUAAGGCAUGGUGUCCCACUCAACAACCCUGACAUGGGCAAGCAUCUUAUCUUCACAAUUGUGUCCCUCUCUGCACCCAUGUCCUAUGCUUACCAUGUAUUUACCAUAUUACAUAACCCAAAUGUGUUUACGUGGAACACCAUGAUUAGGGGCUACGCUGAAAGUGAAAACCCAAGCCCUGCACUUCAUAUCUACCGCCAAAUGUUGGUGUCUUGUGUUGAACCUGACACUCACACUUACCCUUUUCUUCUGAAGGCUAUUUCUAAGUCAUUGAAUGUUAGGGAGGGAGAAGCAAUCCAUUCAGUUACGAUAAGAAAUGGGUUUGAGUCGUUGGUUUUUGUUCAGAAUAGUUUGCUUCAUAUAUAUGCUGCUUGUGGUGAUACAGAAAGCGCAUACCAGAUGUUUGAGUUAAUGAAGGACAGAGAUCUUGUGGCUUGGAAUUCUGUUAUUAAUGGGUUUGCUCUCAAUGGCAGGCCCAAUGAAGCUUUGACUCUGUUCAGGGAAAUGAGUACGGAGGGUGUAGAGCCAGAUGGGUUCACUGUGGUUAGCUUGUUAUCUGCGUGUGCUGAGCUUGGAGCUCUUGAAUUAGGACGUAGGGUUCAUGUGUACUUGUUGAAAGUUGGCUUGAGAGAGAACUUGCAUGUUACUAAUUCACUGUUGGACCUUUAUGCAAAAUGUGGGAGCAUCAGGGAGGCCCAACAAGUAUUCAGUGAGAUGAGAGAAAGAAAUGUGGUUUCUUGGACAUCUUUGAUUGUUGGCUUGGCUGUUAAUGGGUUUGGUGAGGAAGCACUUGAGCUUUUCAAAGAGAUGGAAGGGCAAGAACUGGUGCCUGGUGAGAUCACUUUUGUUGGUGUCUUGUAUGCUUGUAGCCAUUGUGGGAUGUUGGAUGAAGGGUUCAAUUACUUUAGAAGGAUGAACGAGGAAUAUGGUAUCAUGCCCAGGAUAGAACACUAUGGUUGCAUGGUGGACCUAUUGAGUAGGGCAGGUUUAGUUAAACAAGCUUAUGAAUAUAUUCAGAGUAUGCCAAUGCAGCCAAAUGCAGUUAUUUGGAGGACCUUAUUAGGGGCAUGUACAAUACAUGGACACUUGAGUCUUGGAGAAAUAGCAAGAUCCCAUAUAUUGAAGUUAGAGCCUAAUCAUAGUGGGGAUUAUGUGCUUCUCUCAAAUCUAUAUGCCUCUGAACGUCGUUGGUCAGAUGUACAAACAGUGAGGAGGUCAAUGAUAGAGGAUGGUGUUAAGAAAACCCCAGGUUAUAGUCUUGUUGAGUAUGGCAACCGCGUUUAUGAAUUUACUAUGGGUGAUAGAUCUCAUCCUCAAAGUCAGGAAGUAUAUAAACUACUAGAGAAGAUCACAGAAUUGUUGAAGUUAGAAGGUUAUGUGCCUCAUACAGCAAAUGUGCUUGCAGAUAUAGAAGAAGAGGAGAAGGAACAAGCUUUGUCUUAUCAUAGUGAAAAAGUUGCAAUUGCUUUUAUGCUCUUAAAUACAACACCAGGGACCCCAAUCAGGGUUAUGAAGAAUUUAAGAGUUUGUGCAGAUUGUCAUAUGGCUAUUAAACUCAUAUCAAAGGUUUAUGAUAGAGAGAUUGUUAUCAGGGAUCGUAGUAGGUUCCACCAUUUUAGAGGUGGUUCAUGUUCAUGUAAAGAUUACUGGUAA